UCAAAUCGGCACUGCAACUGAUCUUCCAGAACCAGAGCAGAUCUUCGAUUCUGGAUCAGCCAUUGACCCCAUCAACCCCUCGAACCCCUCCAUUCGACCUUGUUUCCCAGAUCCCGCCAUUUCGACCCCACUCGCUUCCCCUCAGCAGAACGCAACCUAAUUCGAAUGAAGCUGUGGCUUGCUCGUUGUACAGCCGAGUCUGUGCGAGGAAACAUGCCACAAUAACGCGGCAGCGCGUUCCAAACCCUUGCUUACCCUCACCGACAGCUCACAGAUGAGGAAACUUUGCGUGUGAGAUUUAAUUCGACAAUGGGGAGGGAGGCCUUGUUAAGAAAGGCUCUUCACUAUUAUCCUAGUAACCGGUACUCAUUGCGAUUCGCUUCUUGCAGGCUGUUGCCCCAGUCAACUUGUCGACUGUUUCAACAAUCCACAUCAUUACAAUCUCUACCCGCUCUAUUCAACCUCACCUCUCACUAUAUCAGGAAUUCCAGCCAAGAUGUCGUCCGUCCUCCCGUCCCCCACGGUGCGAGUCAACAUUGUUGAAAAACUCUCCGACCUCAUCACGGCCAUUGAGGCCCACCCAGCUUGGAUCCCGCCGAACCCCCACAGGGGUCUCUUCCACAUCUGGGACUUCGUCAACCGCUCCCGGUACAUCAUGACCGAGCUCGACCACAUUCGGGACGGCGAACCCGUGCAGUAUCCGGACCAGAUCCCGCAGCAGAAGUCAGGCCGAACCGGUCCCAACGCCGCCGCCGAGUCUUUCGCCGACGUCUGUGGCCGAUGUGUCACGGUCAACGAGAUGGUCAGCAACCCGAAGCUGCUCACGAUGAUGGGCCUCCCGCAGGUGGACUACGGCAGCAACAUCACUGCCAAGGCACAGGCCGUCGUCGAUAUCAUCAGUAGGGGCAACUAGAGGUGCAUCGCCGGCUGAGUGGCACGGACAGAGAGACGUGGUUUCGUUUGGAACCGUCGGGGGAAAUAGAAAACAUUAACACCCAAGGGUGUAAAAAGAAGUUGAAGAACUACAGAGGUUUAGAGAAUGAUCGUGGACGAGAGAGCAAUGAAGAAUAGGAAAACUGGAUCAGGGAUUGAUUACGAUCUUGCUUCGUCUAGAGGGAGCUUAACUCGAGUUAGAUACGUUGACCAGACCUGGAUACUGUCCGUCUUGGCUGCACCACUUCACACAAGAGUGGUGUAUGCAUACGAGAGCGUGAUCAAAAGCUGCUUGCUAUGAGAGCCAAGCAAGAUCUAGGUCAUGCGUCGUAUCCCAUCGAGUCAUACAUAAGUUGACAAUGAGGCACAUCU